AUGGUGUCCCAGGUGCUGCAGCUGCUUCGGCAGGGCGUGUGGGCCGCGCUCACGGGCGGCUGGUACCACGACCCUGAGCAGAGCAAGUUCACCAACAGCUGCCAUCUCUACCUGUGGCUGUUCCUGCUGCUGCUGCCCCUGGCCCUGCACCUGGCUUUUCCUCCAAAUGCCAUCAUUGUAUUUUUUUACUGCAUGUCAGUGACUCUGUUCUUCACAAUAAUCAAGCUGGUCAGUUAUCGCCUACACCUCAUGUUUGAUAAAGGAGAAGUAAUUCAGAAAAGACCCUCCAGAAAGAAAGAAAAGUCAAGUAAAGACAAAGAUGCCAACAGUGAACACAUGACUAACCACAAAAUUCCAAGCAAUAACAGGCAAAUUCACAAUGAUAGAAAGGAAGAGGCCACUCGAACCUUCCCUACGCCUCCCCUCCACUGCAGUUCCAGAGGGCAGAGCUUGAAUUCUCAUCACUCUUCUGGGCCUUUGGAGUUGCCGGCGCAGGAAACAGUUGAAGAUCUCAAAGGUGUCAUUCUGUCAGAAGACCAACCUAUAGCACCAGUUUCAUCUACCUCACCAGGUAUCAAAACACAAAGCUUACCUGCUUCUCAAGUGCACAUGCAAGAAACCACACCCAGGUCAGCAAAACUGGUGAAACCAGUUGCCACUGGAACUCUCAUCAAUGGGAAGGGAAAGGAAAGAGGCAUCAAGGGGCAGCCCCCUUUCCGCCACAGAUCUGAGGGUGGCCUAGUGGACAAAGGAGCCCUGAAGAAGUUGCCACACCUGUCUUUGUCUCAGUAUGACUUACUAGAAACAGAUGUUUCUUUCCAGCCAUGGGGGAGUGAAAAUUCAGUCUUGAUUCCAGAACCCAUAGAUUGUCCUCAGGGCUCCAUAAGGGAACAGUUUCCAAAAAAGUCACCUCAGGACAGCAUGAGCAGCAGUUGCCCUCAGUGUGAUACCAUCAUGGCCAAACCUGAGGAGGAGCUGCUAGAAACUUCCUGUCAGGUAGACCUGCCCGUGAACCAUGAAGCGGACUACUCAGACAGUGAGGUUGCUGUUACUCUUAUUGAUAAUUCUCAACCUGGGGACCCACUGAGUCUGCACGAACCCAUUAAAAUUGUCAUCACGAUGAGCAGUACCCCAAACUCCAUGACAGACUUGGAAAGCUCCCUCCACCUGAAAGUGAUUGGCACAGAAAGGACCAGUGGAAAGUCUGACACUGAGCCAGCUAUCCCAAGAGUGGCCAGCCCAACAAACACAGAGCAGAUCAGAAUUCCUGUGAUCACGCUAGAACUGUCUGAAGAUGGAGAAGAAGGUGUUACUUGUUCUGAAGGCAAUAGAACUGAAAAGACUCCAGAAAGACUCCAGGUAGAAGGAUCAUCCAAUCAGUGUUCUGGCUACGGGUCUGGGGAAGGAGGAAGUCCUUCCCCAAGGCAUCCUUGGGAAACAGUUCCCCCAGUCACAUCUGAUGUGACCCCCAAGUCUGAGGGAGGAAAGGAAGGCCAGGAUAACCUUGACCCAUUGUCUUGUAAGGCCAGCCAUGAAAAGAGACAUGCCCGGGUGCUCAGCGUGGAUAGUGGGACAGAUGUCUUCUUGAGUAAAAGAUGUGCAGAAGUUAUUAAUGAUAAAGAGAAAACAAUACCAACAUCCAAGUCUGACUUAGAGGCUAAGGAAGGACAAAUACCAAAUGAGUCCAACUUCCUGGAAUUUGUUUCCCUGUUAGAAUCAAUUAACACUUCCAAGGUGGUGGCAUGCGAUCAAAUGAAUGUCUCAGCACAGCAGAGCAAAGAGAGUGGGCCUCAGGAAGAUAAUUGCUCCCAGGAGAAAAAGGAGGAAUUCUUGGCAAGUGAAAAACCCAGUGGACACAAUUCCAAGCAAGGGAAACCAGACUUGCAAAGUGAAGACCAUCCUUGUACGAGCCCCAUGUUCACUCAACCUGCCAGGACCACGGCCUUUUUCCAGGGCAAUAGACAAAGACAGAUCAUCUACAGGGUAACUUCCCAACAAGAUAGCUCUGUUUUGCAAGUCAUCAGUGGGCCUGAAACAUCUGUGCAGGAAGAAAUGUCUGUGGACGCUAUGCAUGUUUUCAUUGAUGAACAUGGGGAAAUUCGAUCCUGUUACUUAAAGUCUGGAAAUCAGAAAGAAGGCCCUUCACAGUAUAUGCCAUCAAAUCAUGAGCGUCUCUCUCAGGCGCGAGAGAUGCAGAUCAGCUCCUCCAGUACCACAACUUCUGAGAGUCCAGAUCCGUCUUCCGGGGACCCUGCUGUCAGUGCUCUCCAACAACAGCUCUUACUCAUGGUGGCUCGGAGGACCCAAUCAGACACCCCACGGCAUGUGAGUCAGGAUCUGGAAGACUCAUCAUGUUCUUCGACACAAGGAAAAUUUAACCGAGAGCAAUUUUACAAAUUUAUCAUUUUCCCUGGCAAGUGGAUUAAAGUCUGGUAUGAUCGACUCACCUUGUUGGCGUUACUUGAUCGAACUGAAGAUGUCAAGGAGAACGUGCUAGCAAUUUUACUCAUUGUCCUGGUUUCCCUUCUUGGAUUUCUGACCUUGAACCAAGGCUUUUGCAAAGAUAUGUGGGUGCUCCUCUUCUGCCUCGUCAUGGCCAGCUGCCAGUACUCGCUGUUAAAGAGCGUUCAGCCUGAUCCUGCCUCACCGAUCCACGGACACAACCAAAUCAUAACCUAUAGCAGACCAAUCUAUUUUUGUGUGCUGUGUGGCCUUAUUUUGCUUCUUGAUACAGGGGCCAAAGCCAGGCACCCUCCCAGCUAUGUUGUGUAUGGCCUGAAGCUCUUCUCUCCAGCGUCCCUGCAAUCAGCCAGGGACUACUUAAUAGUCUUUUUAUAUUGCUUCCCUGCAAUUUCCCUCCUUGGGCUCUUUCCGCAAAUCAACACUUUCUGCAUUUACCUUUUGGAGCAAAUUGACAUGCUGCUUUUUGGAGGCUCUGCUGUUUCUGGGAUAACAUCAGCUGUUUACAGUGUGACCCGGAGUGUCUCAUCAGCCAUCUUGCUCCAUGCCUUCUGUUUCAGCGCAGUGAAGGAACCCUGGAGUACACAACAUAUCCCAGCACUGUUUUCAGCCUUCUGUGGCCUCUUGGUGGCACUUUCCUAUCAUCUGAGCCGGCAGAGCAGUGACCCAUCUGUGCUCCUGUCCUUUAUUCAAUGCGGAUUGUUUCCUAAAUUUUUACAUCAAAAUCUGGAAGAGUCAGCUGCAGACCCUCUCCCCAAGAAGAUGAAAGAUUCCGUGAAGGAUACCUUAAAAUCAGAUCUCAUCAUCUGCUCCGUGGCUGCGGUCCUCUCUUUUGCAGUCAGUGCCAGCACUGUAUUCCUGUCGUUACGACCGUUUCUCAGCAUUGUGCUGUUCGCCCUGGCAGGCAUUGUGGGAUUUGUAACUCACUACCUGCUCCCUCAGCUCCGCAAGCACCACCCGUGGAUGUGGAUUUCACACCCCAUUCUCAAAAACAAAGAAUAUCAGCAACGGGAAGUGAAAGAUGUCGCCCAUUUAAUGUGGUUUGAAAGACUCUAUGUUUGGCUUCAGUGUUUUGAAAAAUAUGUCUUGUACCCAGCAAUCAUUUUGAAUGCCCUCACUAUUGAUGCAUUUUCAAUAAGCAAUUACCGGAGGCUUGGUACCCACUGGGACAUUUUUCUGAUGAUCAUGGCUGGCAUGAAGCUGUUGCGGACUUCUUUCUGCAACCCAGUUCACCAGUUUGUUAACUUGAGCUUCACUGUCAUCUUUUUCCACUGUGAUUACAAAGAUAUCUCAGAGAGUUUCUUACUGGAUUUCUUCAUGGUGUCGAUUUUAUUCAGCAAGGCGAUUGCCACGUCAAUCUUUUCUACUCCGUUGAGCCCAUUUCUUGGGAGUGUCAUUUUCAUCACAUCAUAUGUCAGGCCAGUGAAAUUCUGGGAGAAAAACUACAAUACAAGACGAGUGGAUAAUUCCAACACAAGACUGGCAGUUCAAAUUGAAAGGGAUCCAGGGAAUGAUGACAACAAUCUCAAUUCCAUCUUUUAUGAGCACUUGACAAGGACCCUCCAGGAGUCCCUCUGUGGAGACUUAGUUCUUGGUCGCUGGGGUAACUACAGCUCUGGCGAUUGCUUUAUUCUGGCUUCAGAGGACCUCAAUGCCUUUGUUCACCUGAUUGAAAUUGGAAAUGGUCUUGUCACCUUUCAACUUCGAGGACUGGAAUUCCGAGGAACUUACUGCCAGCAGAGAGAGGUGGAAGCCAUCAUGGAGGGCGACGAGGAUGACAGAGGCUGCUGCUGCUGUAAGCCGGGCCGCUUGCCCCAUCUGCUGUCCUGCAACGCGGCGUUUCACCUUCGCUGGCUCACGUGGGAAAUCAUGAGAACCCAGUACAUCCUGGAGGGCUACAGCAUCAUAGACAACAAUGCAGCCACCAUGCUGCAGGUGUUUGACCUCCGAAGGAUCCUCAUCCGAUACUACGUCAAGAGUAUAAUAUUCUAUAUGGUAACAUCCCCCAAAAUCCUCUCCUGGAUCACAAAUGAAUCACUUCUGAAGUCUCUGCAGCCCUUUGCCAAGUGGCAUUACAUCGAGCGUGACCUCGCAAUGUUCAACAUUAACAUUGAUGAUGACUACGUCCCAUGUCUCCAGGGGAUAACACGAGCUAGCUUCUGCAACGUUUAUCUAGAAUGGAUUCAGUAUUGUGCACAGAAAAGACAAGAGCCUUCAAAGACCCUGGACAGUGACGAGGACUCUCCUUUGGUGACUCUGUCCUUUGCACUGUGCAUCCUGGGGAGAAGAGCUCUGGGAACUGCAGCUCACAACAUGGCCAUCAGCCUGGAUUCUUUCCUGUAUGGCCUCCAUGCCCUCUUCAAAGGCGACUUUAGGGUAACAGCACGGGACGAGUGGGUGUUUGCUGACAUGGACCUGCUGCACAAAGUUGUUGCUCCAGCCAUCAGGAUGUCCCUGAAACUUCACCAGGACCAGUUCACUUGCCCUGAUGAGUAUGAGGACCCAGUGGUCCUCUACGAGGCCAUCCAGUCCUUCCAGAAGAAAGUGGUGAUCUGCCACGAGGGCGAUCCCGCCUGGAGGGGCGCCGUGCUGUCCAAUAAGGAGGAGCUGCUCACCCUGCGGCACGUGGUAGACGAGGGUUCCGACGAGUACAAGGUCAUCAUGCUGCACAAAAGCUUCCUGAGCUUCAAGGUGAUCAAGGUCAACAAAGAGUGCGUGCGAGGACUGUGGGCUGGACAGCAGCAGGAGCUCAUCUUCCUGCGCAACCGCAACCCGGAGCGCGGUAGCAUCCAGAACAAUAAGCAGGUGCUCCGAAACCUCAUCAACUCCUCCUGUGACCAGCCUCUGGGGUACCCCAUGUUUGUCUCCCCGUUGACCACAUCCUAUCUAGGGACCCACAGGCAGCUGAAGAACGUCUGGGGUGGACCCGUCACCUUGGACAGGAUCAGCACGUGGUUCUGCACCAAGUGGUUGCGAGUGCGGAAGGACUGCAGUGCCGGCCAGCACAGCCGCGGCAACAUUGAGGAUGUGGACGGCGGCGGGGCCCCGUCGGCAGGCAGCAGCAACGCCCCAAGUGGUGACAGCCAGGAGAGCAGUGCAGAGCAGCCCAGGAAACAUGGCUCCCAGCACUGGGCCUCACCCCAGGAAGGGGUGCAGAGCACAGGCAGGAGGAAAGGCAGGAGCCAGUCUGUCCAGGCACACUCUGCGCUAAGCCAAAGGCUGCCCACCCUGAGCUCCUCCGGCCCUAUCUUAGAGAGCCGCCAGGUCUUUCUGCAGGCGUCCACGUCGGUCCAUGAGUUGGCCCAGAGGCUCUCGAGCAGCCGGCUCUCUCUGCACACCUCGGCUGCAUCCCUGCACUCCCAGCCCCCGCCUGUCACCACCACGGGCCACCUGAGUGUCCGCGAGCGGGCGGAGGCGCUCAUCAGGUCCAGCCUGGGCUCCUCCACCAGUUCCACCCUCAGUUUCCUCUUUGGCAAGAGGAGCUUCUCCAGCGCGCUCGUCAUCUCGGGACUGUCUGCCGCCGAGGGGGGCAACACCAGCGACACCCAGUCCUCCAGCAGCGUCAACAUCGCAAUGGGCCCCUCGGCCAGGGCUGCCAGCCAGGCCACCCGGCACUUCUCCGAGCCCUGUGAGCCACCUGAUACCACGGAGCAGGGGCAGCCUGGUGACCAGCGUCUGGCUGAGGCAGUGGCAGAGAGCCGCGGGCUGACCUGCAGAAGAGCAAGCCAGGAGGACAUGGGCCUGGACGACACGGCCUCCCAGCAAAGCGCUUCGGACGAACAGUAGCGCGCAUGCGUCGGCUCCGGGGAGAGCCGGACUCCUCCGCGGCUCUCAGCAUCCUAGGUCUUCCCUGGGCUCCCCCAGCCGGCUGGCGCUACCACUGCGACCCACGUAGGGCUGAUCCUGUGGGAGAGUGGGAGCUGUCGAGAAAACUGAAUGACUUUAACUCAGGUUCUUGAAAAAAACCUCAUAUGAUAGAGGGAAAAAAAAAAAAAAAAGACACCACGCCUCCUCCCCCAAGAGCUCCAUGCCCUGGGCAGCGGGAGGCAGGCAGCACCUCCGACUCCCCAGACUGGCGUUUCAAACAACAGCCACUGAGUAUCUUCAAACAACUGAAGUUAAGUAGAGCCCGUAACUAACUCCUUCGUGCCCUGGUGAAAAUAAGACAACUGCAUGUUAAAUAAUCAGCAUUUUACACAUUAACUGUUACCACGAGGCAGGAACGGAAAGCACCACGUAAGACACCAUCAGCUGGUUAACAUCUAGGUGUCAGGAAAACCUCAUCUGUGUGUAACAUUUUACGCAGUUGUUCCGUGUACAAUAGUGGCCGCUUCACUACCCGAACCGUGACAAUGCAUGCAGUCCUAAGGUAUUCUAGGAACAGCCAGGCUACGUGACGAUGUGAGUGGCCAGCGAGUCCGGUCGGCGCGUGGAGAGCAUCGCGGAGCCACCUGGCGCUCCUCCACGCAGUCCCGCGAGCUUCCCGGGAACAUCCGCUCGUCUUCCAAGCUGAGCAACCUCCACGGAUCACAGCACACUU